AUGGACUUAGAGGAUGCAAAACCACCACAGGGUUCCCUCGAUAACAAUGAUGAUACUAGAAGUGAGACUGUUGGUUCCUCGAAGGUCUCUCCGACGAUUUCUGCGGCUAGUGGUAGAGAACGCAGCACCAGUCCCGAAGGACCACCGCCACCUUUACCCCCGCGUCCGAACACAUUGAGUUUGUUGGACGAAGGAGUGUCAUCUUGGAGUGUUGGGCCAUCGGCUCAACCAGUCUUGCAGUCUAGAGCUACUACAGCGGUGUCUUUGACUGACAUUGCUUCCCGUGACGGUGGGAAAGAGAGUUACCCUGCCCGCAGUUUACCUGGGACUCUGCGGGCCAAGGCAAGUCUUAGUCACUUAGCCAGUUCAAGAGGCAGCGAUACUCCUGACUCUGCAAGCGUCAGAAGCUCUGUACCACGUACAGAUAUUGGUGAGGUAGAUAAUGUCUUCAGUGACUUUAUCGCGACAGAUUCUGGACCUAAUCAAGAUAGCACGGGUCUGCUCCAAUUUCCAGAUUUUCAAGAAGACGAUGUGGAUGAUGAUUUUACAAAAGAGUUUGAACCUGUUGGUGAAGUUGGAGACGAAGAUGAAAACGAGGAGUUAGUCCUCGAGAACUGGAAAUCUAAGCGAAAACACUAUCUUAUUCUCUCUGCCGCUGGGAAACCAAUAUGGACACGCCAUGGUGAUGGUGGUCUGAUAUCAACUUAUGUCGGCAUCAUCCAGACCAUCAUAUCGUUCUACGAAGAUUCAAAAGAUCAUUUGAACAGUUUCACCGCCGGCGAUACUAAGUUCGUUAUUGUAACUAAAGGGCCGCUCCACUUAGUGGCGAUAAGUCGGAUUCUCGAAAGUGAAACCCAACUCAAGCUUCAACUUGAAGCUUUGUAUAUGCAGAUCCUAUCGACCUUGACCCUUCCUUCUCUGACCCAUCUUUUCUCUGUUCGACCCUCUACCGAUCUGAAGAGACCAUUGCAGGGCUCAGAGAGUCUUCUAUCUACAUUAGCGGACAGCUUCAUUAAAGGCUCACCGUCUACCCUUCUUUCAGCACUAGAGUGUUUAAAGAUUCGCAAGGCGCACCGACAGGCAAUCAACAAUGCUCUUUUGAAGACUAGAACCAAUAGUCUUCUCUAUGGCUUAGUAGUUGCGGGAGGCCGGCUUGUCAGUGUUGUACGACCAAAGAAACAUUCACUACAUCCUGGUGAUCUACAACUGAUUUUCAACAUGGUUUUCGAAGCAGAGGCUGUUAAAGCUGGAGGUGGUGAAAGUUGGAUCCCUGUGUGCUUACCUGGCUUCAACAGCAGUGGGUAUCUCUACAUGUAUGUCAGUUUCGUUUAUCUACGGGGAGAUGCUGGCAACGUCGCGGAUGAUACGGCGACAAAGGAAGAGUCUGUCGCAGUCAUUUUAAUUAGUACGGAUAAGGAACGCUUUUUCGAGUUACAAGAAAUGCGGAACUCCUUUAUUAAGCAACUGGAAAUGAACAAUAGCCUCAAAAUCAUGAAAGAAGCUAUUGACAAGGGCCGCCCAAAGACGACAGAUAUUAUGCCAGGAACUGUCUUGCAUCAUUUUUUGUACAAAUCACGUGCGAACGUGCAGUUCACUAUGUCCUCAAAUGAUCCUGAAUUUUCAUCUCUCUCCCGACGUCGGAGAUUAAUGUCGGCAUACAAUAACCUACAUGCUAGUAUUCAUACCAAACACACCCACGUUAGAGUCCACCAUUGUAUGUCACAAUCUUUGAGCUCGCUCGCUUGGGUAACUCCAGUAUUUGAACUCUACUGCAUCGCUGGUCCCAACGCCAACCGGAACGCCCUGGCGCACAGUGCGAGCAGAAUUGUUCAGUGGGUUCAACAAGAGGAGGAGAGACUCUUUAUCAUCGGUGGUGCCGUCUUCUAA